AUGAGGGAGACAAACCACAGAUCAAUAGCGACUAAUAAACCAGUUGUAACAAUAACAUCGACGUUAUAUGAUAGAAGAGCAUUAGAUGUUGUAUCAGGGGUUCCAUUAAUAAACUCAUUAAACCAUUUAACAUAUUUGACUUCAAACUCUGCUAAAGUGAGAGAUAUUAUUUCUAAUGAUGGUGCCCUAGAAAGACUUGUUGCCAUGCUUCAUAAUUGCUAUUUUUCUCAACUGGAGAUUUUAAAUCAAAAAGAUACUCAUGAUUCAAAUGAAAUACGAUCUGAUUUAGUAUCAAGGCAACAAACAUGCGCAUUAUACGCUUGGAGAUGGACAUUGGCUUUCCAAUGUUUAGUUCUUACAGGUACAAGAGGUUCUGAGAUGAUAAGAAAUAGAGUAGUAUCAGCUGGUGUACUACCGCUCUUAGCGACUGUUCUAGAUAAUUAUCUCUUAUUUACAAAAAAUUAUGAUUUUAUGAAUGGAACGUAUUUAAGUUUCGAUUUUAAAAAAAUGAAUCUUGAUAGCCAUGAAACAUAUGAACUCUUAAAGAAAUCUAACUCUGAAACAUUUCAAGAUUAUUUAACAAAUAUAAUAGGCGAAGAUAUAUUCCAUUUAUCUGAGGAUAUCGAACGUUUUGAUGAGAUUCUAUUAAAAAAAAAAAUGACAAAAGCGACAGAUUUUGGAAUUAUAUGGAAAUCUCUCGAAGAGGAUACUACUCCACCUUUAGAUACUGACACAAAUUGUUUCCUCGAUGAAACUGAACCAGUUCCUGCAAUAUUGACACCGAGAGAAUUUUAUUUAGGUCGUGUUGUACCGAAACAGGAUGAUGUAAUAUGGUCAUUACAAUUAUUAGCAUUUAUUUCAAAAUAUACAUAUAUGAAAAAAUUACUUCAAGAGGUCACUCCCGAUGAAAGAUUAUCAUUUAGACCAAUUAUUGAUCGAGUAAGAAAGAGACUUAUUAUUAAAAAGGGCCAAAGUUUACCUAUUCCAUGCAUAACUGGUAAAGAUACACAAAUGGAUCAUGAUCUUAGUGCUGAAAAUGAUACUUUCAAAUUAGAGGUGAAAAAUUCAGAUAUUAAUAUCAAAGACGAUUUCUUAAAUGUUGGUGAUGAGUAUGAUUCCUCAUCUUUAUCACAAGUAGAAAAUUAUGUUGAAAACGAUUCAAAUCUUGUCAUUGAUGAAGAUAUCGAAAUGGAGUCUACAAUUACUCCGAAUGAGAACGAUUUCCUCAAAGAAUUAAGAUGUGUAGCUGAAGAAUGUGACAAAUUGAAUACAACGAAACACGAUAUUGUCACAUGUGAAGUGACUAACCCGUACCAAUAUAUGGGAUUUCAAAUCCAAGAGGAAAAUAAUUUGACAAGAAUUCAGAAGGAACUUUUCCUGAAGGAAAAAUUCGUGAAAAAUUGGAAUUAUGAAGAACUUUCAAUGAACGUUGAUAAUCACGAUCUCCAUAAACCAUUAACAGAUUUGGAAAGUUUGAAUAUAUUCCCAUUAGUAGAAAAGUACACUGUGACAAGUGAUAACCCUAAAGAUGUAAUCUACUGGAGUUCAGUAAUAAUGCGUAAUUCUUGUAGGAAGAAUGAAACUACAGGUGUACGUCAAUGUUCUAAUUUUUCAUGUGGUAAAUGGGAGGAAUAUCCUAGACAAUUUGCAAAAUGUCGUCGUUGUAAACGUACGAAAUAUUGCUCUAGAAGUUGUCAACUUAAAGCAUGGACCUAUCAUAGAUAUUGGUGUCAUGAAGCAUCUUCUAGUUCAAAGAAUAGUGCAUCCAAUGUUGGACUGGAAAGUGAUGCGACGACUCCAAAUGGUGGUCAAUCUGGAGGUAAUUCUACUGAUAUUUCUGAGGUAAUUGCGACAAAUAUGAGUAACCUGAGCACCACAGAAGUAGGGAAUGAUGAAGUGGGACAAAUAGAAACCCAUGUAAAUCAUCUCGAUAGUAAUGACAAUAAUAACAAUGAAGAAGAAGAAGGAGAGGAUGGAUCCUAA